AUGGCAACACGAGCAUCGGCACGUCAGGCCGCCCACAAGGCCAAGGAAGCAAUUUCUGGCUUUACACAAGGUAGCGCUGGACCUGAUACGGAUCGACAUGGCCAGGAUGGAUCUAGCAUCAAGCGUAAAGCUGCAGCUGAAAACCAACAAAAGCCAAAUAAACAGAGAGAUAUAGAGCAGCUGGACAAAAAGCCUGUCGACUCUGCGGGUUCAUCGCGGACCCCAGUCACUGAAACAAAGCCCAAUGUUGAACAGAGGGCAGCAUCCGGAGGUAUCCUGGGCACCAAUGCCCCUGUCGAUCAGUCUCCCAAACUUGCUCAAGGCAUGGAAGCCGGUGUCCACAGAUCGGACGAAAGAGCAAGUUCCAUCUCGUCAAACAUUGUGGAAAAGGGAAUCAUCUACUUCUUUUUCCGACCACGCGUCAAUAUAGAUGAUCCCCAAAGCAUCGGUGACGUUGCUCGAAGCUUCUUCGUGCUUCGGCCUACUCCUCUCGGCGCUGAAUUCAACGGCAGCCAAGGCCCGAUGGACAAAGAUGCCCGAUGUCGCUUGUUGAUGCUCCCAAAGAAGAAGUUUCCCACUUCGCCCAAGGAACGGGAUAUGGCAUUUGUGGAGAAAGCAGGGCAAUCGGUUACCGAUCUCCAAGAAAAGUUUAUAGCAAGCAGUACUUACCAGACGGCAACUCGUGGGGAACGUACUACCGAAGAUGCUAGACCUUAUGCAGAAGGUGUCUACGCGAUCGUAUCAGCUCAACGAUCAUCUCAUCUUGCCUAUGAAUUGACUAUCCCAGCCGAAUUGGGUGAAAUUCAACAGAACUUUGGUCUUCACCAACGUGGUGACUGGAUCUUGCAAUCGAAAAACCCAAAGUUUCCCGGUCCCCCUCUCGGACAGUUGCCGCAGGAGCCGCAGUAUCCUGAACAUGUGUUGGAAAAAUUCGGAGACCUCCGAUGGGUUCCACUGCAGCCAGAGUUCAUCGAAUAUCCAAACGCCCAAAUCUUAAUGAUCGGACAAGGAACGGAUACUUUGGGAAAAGCGGCCACAGCCGAAGGAGAUAAAAAGCCUGGGGAAGCGGAGCCUGGCCAGGAGAUUGACAGGCUUGCUGAUGAGAAUGAAGAGCGAAUCCAUUCUCUGCAGGGUGAGUACCGCAAUGCAAAUUUCAUCAAAUUCAUCAUGUACAAGAUUUCUCUAAUACUCAUAUAUGCAGGCAAUGAAACUGUAUUCCUCGAUCUUGGAUUAGAUGCAAAAAGGUACCGCUCCCUUCCGACUACCUGGAGUAGCAGCUAG